GCAAACCGCCCUGCAGAAAUCCUGCACAGUGACGUCGACGGAGGUGAGGACAAGGUAGAUCCCGUUUUUGUGGUCGAUCGAGAAGGGCUUGGAUCGGACCGCCUCUGCAAUGACGUCCUGAAUGGAGAGACGGGUGAGGUGGUGGCCCUGGGAGUAGCGGUGGUUGGAGUACUCGUCGGCGAUGCGGACGGAGCGGGAUAUGUUUGCACCGGUCUGGUCGGCGUAGAGAGUGACGGUGGCCCACCACUCGGAGACGGAGGGGGAGGGGGGGGGGGGGGGUUGAAGGUGGAGAUGGAGCGGAGGAAGUCUUUGAUGAUGAGCUGCUGGGAGGGGGGCCAGCUUCCGUACCAGACAAGAUAGAUGUUAAUCGGAGAUGAAAGGACUGGGCCCAUGUGGUACCGGAGGUUGACGAGGUCCGAGGAACCCUCGUACUUGUUGGACACCGUGAAUGCUCGGAGCGGAAGCUUUGGAUUUGAAAUCCCAUCCACGGA